ACCAGUUUUUCUCUUCUCUAACAUACAUACAUAUAUACAUACAUCAUUAAGAACUAGUACUAAUCCGGUUUCUUCGAUAUUUCCUUCUACAUCUUGAGUUUUCAUUAUCUCAAUUUCACCUUCAAAACUUAAUAAUUACCCCCCAUAUAUAUGGAAAUAGAGCUUUCACAGGUCAACAACAUCUCUCCGGCGAACCGGUUAAAGGACGAUGCAGGUGCCGCCUUCGUUUUGGAAUCUAAAGGGCAGUGGUGGCACGCCGGAUACCAUCUCACGACGGCGAUCGUCGGACCCACGAUUCUGACGCUGCCGUACGCCUUCCGUGGCCUGGGAUGGGGAUUAGGGUUUAUGGCCUUAACGGUAAUGGGAAUAGUAACUUUCUACUCUUAUUACCUAAUGUCUCGUGUCCUAGAUUACUGCGAGAAAGACGGCCGCCGCCACAUUCGCUUCCGCGAACUCGCCGCCGACGUCUUAGGGUCAGGAUGGAUGUUCUAUUUUGUGAUUUUCAUCCAAACAGCCAUCAAUACUGGUAUAGGGAUCGGAGCCAUUCUUCUCGCCGGUGAAUGUCUACAGCUCAUGUAUUCGAACAUAUCUCCACACGGCCCACUGAAGCUGUACGAGUUCAUAGCUAUGGUGACUCUAGUUAUGAUAGUUCUUUCUCAACUUCCUUCGUUCCAUUCCCUCAGACAUAUUAACCUCGGAUCACUUUUUCUUAGCUUGGGUUACACUCUGCUCGUCGUCCUAUCCUGCAUUGGUGCUGGUUUAUCUAAACACGCCCCUGAAAAAAGUUAUUCUUUAGAGUCUUCUGAAUCAGCCAAGCUUUUUAGUGCUUUCAAUUCUAUCUCAAUAAUCGCAGCCAUAUUUGGGAACGGAAUACUCCCAGAGAUUCAAGCAACUCUUGCACCACCAACCACUGGGAAGAUGGUGAAAGGUUUGAUAAUGUGUUACUCAGUAAUCUUCGUAACGUUCUAUUCUGCAGCGAUAUCUGGAUAUUUUGUAUUUGGUAACAAAUCCAAUUCAAAUAUUCUGAAAAAUCUAUUGCCCGAUGAAGGACCGGCUCUAGCUCCUACAUGGGCUAUAGCUCUCGCGGUUAUAUUCGUGCUUCUUCAACUCUUAGCCAUCGGUCUGGUUUACUCUCAAGUUGCGUUUGAGAUAAUGGAGAAGAAAACUGCAGACGUAAAGAAGGGGAUGUUCUCGAAAAGAAACCUAGUUCCGAGGAUAAUUCUGAGGACAUUGUACAUGAUCUUCUGUGGGUUUUUUGCUGCUAUGUUGCCUUUUUUCGGAGAUAUUAACGCUGUUGUAGGGGCAAUAGGAUUCAUUCCUUUGGACUUUGUACUCCCAAUGGUUCUUUACAACAUGACCUUCAAGCCUAAGAGAUCAUCUAUUACUUACUGGAUGAACAACAUCAUAAUUGUGGUUUUCACAUGUGCGGGGCUCUUGGGCGCGUUUUCGUCUGUAAGGAAGAUAGUUCUUGAUGCUAACAAGUUCAAGCUCUUCAGCAGCGAGGUUGUUGAUUAGUUAGCUAGGCUUACAAACAUAUAUGGAUAAUGGAUACACCACCAAACAGCAGAAAUUGAUUAUAUUUAGGAAAAAAAAAAAGUGUAUAGAAAAAAGCAGAGCUCUAAUGUCUUCUCUAUAUUGAUUUGAGUUAUUUUAUUGUAUAUAUAUUUUAUUUAAUCAA